UGCCGGGUGCAACUCCAGCUCGGACAGUGCCUCACUGCUGUUCAUCCAGCAGGCAAAGCUCGCCAACUUUACCACAACGGGCAAAAAAACAGUCAUGAUCCUCUCAAAUGUGUCCGCCCAAACGAUCUUCUUUGCUGACAAGCCGGAGAGGUAUGCAGGCAUGAUUGGGACAGACUUCUUCUCGGUCGACAAGAUGUUCUACAACAACAAGUCCAACGACUGGCUGGAUGCACCCAACGCUGCGCUGUUCGGACUCAAGGGCAAUAAGCCCCAGAACAACACAGUGGUCAUCGUGACUCUUCGCGAGCCGGUGUAUGAUGCGGCGGCCAACACGCUGACAUAUACAGUCACCUUUGUCCCGGAGCGCCAUGUGGGCUCCAUCGCAAAUUUCUACCGCCGCCACAAGUCCAUGCCUGCCUUCACCAAGGUGAUUGACAAGAUUGAGGGCCGCGCGUUCCUGAAGGAUGUUGCGCUGUUCAUCGACAACUUCCAGAGCACGGGUCUGCUGAAUCCCAACCCGGUUGACAACACUUACAUUCCCGGCGGCGGCGGCGGCUGCUUCUCCGGCGGCUGGGGCUGGGGCAACGGCUGCGGUGGUGCUUGGUGGUGAUAAAGGUAUAUAUGUCGAGAGUUUCAUUCUGCGGGCGGAGGGGGCCCGGUGGUAGAUAAUUUAUAAUGUCGUGGGUUUCCCUCUGAGGGCGGAGGUUUCUGGUGGUAAAUAUGCUUAUGUAUCCAAGCGUUUUCCCCUGAGGUGCAGCAAAGAUUCAUCCAUCAGCCAUCCGAAGCUGACUCAUUGGCUACGACAACAUGCAACUUCUGAAGGAUGCUUAUAAGAUUGGGCUUUCAGCCACAGACCACAGCGGCUUUCACAGCCGAGAAAAGUAACGACAAGAAGCCUGAGAGUCAAAGUCCCAGCACUGAGAAAGGCGCUGCUGUGAGCAAAUCCCCUCAAGGAGCUCUGGUACAGAUGGCAAGGCCAUGUGUACAGAGUGGUCCUGAAUGCCUUCGGUUGAGGCAAAGAAGUGAGAGCUCUCAAAUGGAUGAUACAGUGAUUUGGUUUUGCAAUGGUUGUACUAUGUGCCGACUGAAGACAUGCUGGGUCCUUGCACAUAUCAGGGUCAAAGAUCUGUGCGUUGCGUUGCAAGUGUGGAAGUGCUCCUCGUCAAUACUGCCCUGAUUGCUAGCGCUCUCAAGCGCUGCCUUGGUUCACUGGACUUUUGGUUUUUGAAGUGAGUUCACUCUUUUGAAGUGACGUCUGGCAAGUUUGUCAUCUUUUGCUGAUGACUUUUGAGUCAGGCCAAUCUGUCCUGACCAUUUACAGACUGUUUCAAGGAUAGAAAGGACUGUGUUCACACGUUGCUUUCCUUUAACA